AUGGCCCCAAGCUUUAGUGGAACCAGCAACAACGUUGGCUCCUUUGUGGUCUUUCUUGAACGCUGGUCAGCUCGUCAACAGAACUUACUCGAGGAGUUACUAAGGACAGAAGAAACUUACCACGAGUGUCGUGAUCAAGAUGGAAUCAGAGAACUUAUUGAUAAGGUUAUCGCUCACUAUCAAGAAUACUUAUCAGAAAACUCACGAAUGGCUAAUAGAUGUACAUUCCUUAUGUUCUGGCCAACAUGGUUCAGCCCACUGGAGAAAGCCCUCCUUUGGAUUGCUGGGUUUAAACCCGGGUUAGUGAUUCACCUCAUGACAAGCUCAGUGAGUGAUUUAUCAGAGAAUGAACGACAAAGAAUUGAACAUUUGAAGCAUGAGACAAAAAUGGAAGAGAAAUUAUUGGUAGACGAAUUGGCGAGUAUUCAUGAAAGUGUGGCAGCUCCUCCACUGGCGGGGCUAGCAAGGGAGGAAGGAAGAAGACUGCUGAUGAACGGAGAAAUAAGAGAAACUCCCGAUUCAGAACUGGAAAAUUUGAGAUCAGCCAUGCAGAGUUUGCUGAUUCGUGCAGAUCUAUUGAGGGCUAGAACAGUUCAAGUGGUGGUGGAAACACUAAGUCCUCUCCAAAAUGUGAGAUUCUUUGCAGCGAUGAUUCAGUUCCAGCUAAGAAUUCGGAUGCUGGGAAGGCAGAGAGAGGCUGAGCAGCCUCGGCGUGAAGAAGUAAAUGGCUGGUAG